AGCUGUAUGUGAAUAUCAAGCAUUAAAUUCCUGGUGUGAGUUUGAGAGAAAAAACAUUAAGGGCAAUGUCAAUCCCAUUGAUAUAUCCGUGAGGAACUCACUUCAACCUAGCUAGAGUAAAAAAAGACGUUUUACAUUUAUUUAUUUAUUUUCCUGAUCAGAGAGAGAGACGUAUAUAUUUAUAUUAAUGAACCUCUUCAAUCAUUAAUUCAAUUUCAAAAACCUUUGAUCCCGCCGCAUUAAUUCCUGUGAGAGAAAGCAAACAUGCCAGUGACCUUGAAAGCUUGUUACACUGUGAAGCCUAUAGAGACAACAUGGUGCGGACGCGUAUCUUUAUCUGAAUGGGAUCAAACAGGAAAAGUAACUCACGUCCCCAUAAUCUACUUCUACCGUACUCCCUCGCAAGAGAGCAACAACAACAGCAUUGCUUCCACCUUGAAGGACUCAUUAAGCAGAGUCCUAGUGCCAUUUUAUCCACUAGCCGGUCGUUUACACUGGAUAAACAAUGGUCGUUUAGAACUUGAUUGCAACGCCAUGGGAGUUCAAUUCAUUGAAGCUGAAUCCUCAUCAAGUUUUGAAGAUCUCGGUGAUGACUUUUCACCCUCUUCAGAAUACAACUACCUUGUCCCCACUGUAGACUACACUCUCCCAAUUCACGGCUUGCCCUUGGUUCUGAUUCAAUUAACUAACUUCAAGUGUGGUGGCGUUAGUAUCGGCAUAACACUUUCACACGCGGUUGUGGAUGGACCAAGAGCAUCACACUUUAUUAGUGAGUGGGCAAGGCUUGCACGCGGCGAGCCUUUGCAAACGGUGCCGUUUCAUGAUCGAAAAGUGCUACAUGCCGGGGACCCACCUUCGGUGUCACUAGCAAGGUGUCACUCUCACACGGAGUUUGAUGAGCCUCCGUUGUUGCUCGGAAAAACGGACAACACGGAGGAAAGAAAAAAGAAGACCGCAAUGGUUAUCCUCAAACUGAGUAAAACACAAGUUGAGACAUUGAAAAAGAGAGCAAAUUAUGGCGGUUAUGGUAAUGGUAGUUAUAGCCGUUACGAGGCUAUAGCUGGUCACAUAUGGAGAAGUGCAUGUAAGGCAAGAGGGCACAAAGAGGACCAACCAACAACGCUUACUGUUAUCGUUGACUCGAGAAGUCGAAUGGAACCUCCUUUGCCAAAAGGGUAUUUUGGGAAUGCAACUUUGGACACUGUUGCUACUAGCCUUGCGGGUGAUUUGGUGUCAAAGCCGUUAGGGUAUGCGUCAAGUAGAAUAAGAGAGGCUAUUGAGAGGGUUAGUGAUGAGUACGUUAGGUCGGGGAUUGAGUUCUUGAAAAACCAGGAGGAUUUGAGAAGGUUUCAUCAAGAUCUUCAUGCAAUAGAGAGUGAGAAGAAGGAGGAGCCUUUUUAUGGGAACCCUAAUCUGGCUGUGGUUAGUUGGUUGACGUUGCCGAUCUAUGGCGUUGAUUUUGGGUGGGGGAAGGAGCUUUAUAUGAGUCCAGCAACGCAUGACUUCGAUGGAGAUUUUGUGCUUCUUCCUGGUCCAGAUGGGGAUGGAUCUUUGCUGGUUUGUUUAGGUCUGCAAGUGGAGCAUAUGGAUGCGUUUAAGAAACAUUUUUACGAGGACAUUGAGUCAAAAUCAUGAGGUUUUUUUUUAUUAACAAAUAUAUUACUUGUUAAUUGUUAUUUAUAAAAAUAACGAGAAUAUUGAAAGAAACAGGAAGCUAUUCAUGAUUUAUAAGGGAGAUUUGUGUAGGAAUAAAAAAAAACAUUUGAUUAAA